CUCUCUCUCUCUCACACACACACACACAAACCACAGAAUGGUGGUUAUUGGGUGUAAAGAAGAGGUAUAUCUGUCUUUUGCAAUCUCAAUGCUGAUGGUGUUUUAUCUUUUUCUCAUAGUGUUGGAGUCCCCAUGGAGCAACGGAGGACUGUCAUGGUUGCCACAAGACUCUUGCUUUCCAGUCUCCACAAAGAGACUAUCAUCGGUAAUUGAUUGUAAUGUAUCAAGUAUUAAAGGCGAGGAAUGCUACUCCAGUGGUGGUUUGCUUCACUGAUAAAAGAAGAGAACUAGUGGAAGCAGGAUUCUCUUUCUCUCCCUCCCUCUCUCCCCUUCUCUCUCUCAUCUGUGAAUUUCAGACUCCGUGUACCCAGUUGUAUAUUCAUUGAGGUCUAGGCAAUAUGAAUCUAUUUUUUUUUUUAUGAGAAUUCGUAAUGGCAAUUAUUUUCGUUUUCGUUUU